UAUAAAAAAGUGGGAAACUUUGUCACAAAGUUCCAUUUCUUCAUAUCAUGUAUAUCAUACGAUCUCUUCUUCCUUCUUCUGUAUAUAUCAAAACAACACACAUCAUAAUUUCUCCAAGUUAAUUUCUCUUCCGCACAUAAAUUCUCCGACUAAAAUGGACGAGUCGUGGCGCAUGCGCAUGGGAUUAAUGCCGGGCCUCCCGCGGCGGCGCUCCGCUGAGCACGCCUCCACGCGCUCUAUAUUUGCCGCCGCGGCCGCCAAGGACUCCCAUAUGACCCUUGAUCCCGACGACUAUGCCGACGUAUUCGGCGGACCGCCGCGGAGCGUACUUCUGCGCCAACUCUCCCGUGGCUCGACUUCCUUAUACGAGGAGAUUUUCCGGCCGCCGAAUUUCUGCUCUACGGCGAAGAAUAGAGGGGGAAGCUUGCCGGCGUUUAGAAUUCCGGCGAGGAACGAGGGGUUUUAUUGUGAUAUUUUUGGAUCGGACGACGAUGGCCGCCAGCGGAAGUCGAGAGAGCGCUCGAGGCCGAAUUCGAAGGCGAAAUCGAACUCGUCUUCGGUGCUGAGCUCCGAGGAGCUGAGUCCUCUCCGGCCGGUCAUCGGAGAUGACGUGGCAUUCUCCUCCUUCGCUUCGAAGCUCAGACCACUAAAUGUACCAUGUAGAUGGAACUCAUCAACUAUGAAGCCAACAAAUGAACACCCAAAGAAACAAGGCACAUCAGCUAUGCAUUGCAACCCUCUUUCCUUCAAUGAAAACCAAGUCCUGGAAAAAUUAUAUGAUGAAAAGUUCAGGAGCUCCAACAAUUUCGGAUUCACAAGGAAGGUCUUGUCCCCAGAAAUCAUUAGUAUUGGACCCAAUUCGCGUCGAAGUGUCAAAUUACCUGUGGAUGAUCUGGAGCUCCCCUCACCAUCCUCAGCAGUCUCUUCACUCUGCCAAGAACAUGAGAUUAAAUCCGGGAUUUGGGAUAGCGUUUUGCAGGAGAAAGAAGUGGGGGUAUUGGAACAAGAAGAAGAAGAAGAUGAUGAUGAAGUGAUGAGCUCUUAUGUGAUUGAGAUCAAUUCUGAUCAGCAAAGAGAAGACGCAGUUGGUAUUGAAGAAGCAAUUGCAUGGGCUAAAGAGAAGUUUCAAACACAUAGUAAUUCCGAGAAAGAAGAGAACUCGACACAACGAGACAAUCAGCAGUCGAUGGAUGAAGGUAGGCCUAAUGUGGAUGAGUACUCGGAUCAUCAGCAGCGAGAUGAACUACUUCUUGAAUUGACUCAAUCUCCAGAGGAUGAAGAGGAAAGGACAUGGAUAACUGAAGACGAAAGGAAACCUUCAGAUAAAGAUUUGGAAUUGGAGCUCUUGGAUGAAGACAUAAGGUUAUGGUCAUCUGGUAAGGAAUCCAACAUUCGUAUGCUGCUUUCGACGCUACACCAUAUUGUAUGGCCCAACAGUGGAUGGUAUGCAAUUCCAUUGACAAGCCUAAUAGAAAGUUCACAGGUGAAGAAAGCCUAUCAGAAAGCAAGGCUGUGCCUCCACCCAGACAAACUGCAACAAAGAGGAGCAACAUCUGCUCAAAAAUAUAUUGCUGAAAAGGCCUUCACCAUCCUCCAGGAUGCAUGGGCUGUGUUCAUCUCCAAAGAUGUAUUCAUUAUUUAGUGGAUGAUCUGAAUUACUUAUGCCUUUUGAACUCAUUUUUUACUCCAAGGUUGCAAGUGAAGAAUAAGCAUCAGCAACUUUGUAUGAAAACUCGGUCGCUAUCCUUUUCUUGUGAAAAAUAUGUACAUUAAUUUGUUCGAUUAAUUACGCUUGGUUUUUUGUAUCUGUAUAUUUUAUUUUUGAGUCCCUUUUUGACUCUCAUACAAAGUCCCGUCCUGUCCGGACCAUCCAGACGUGUUGAGAAAAUCAUAUUUCUACUCAAUGUUCUUUAA